CAGGUAAUCACGUCACCGACCCGAUAGAUUGGACCCAUACUAUUUAUUAACAACUACACCUUAGAACGACAAAUUUUAUUCCGAUCGAAAUUUUCUGAUCAGUGAAGAAUCUUAGAUUCCGCGGGAAAAGCUUCAUAAUCUCUGAAGAAGAUAAGCAGCAAUGUCUUCGCUUGCGGCUGCUAGAGCAGACAACUUUUACUAUCCUCCAGAAUGGGAACCGAGUCAGGGUUCGCUGAACAAGUUUCAUGGUCAGCAUGCCUUGCGGGAGAGGGCGAGAAAACUAGAUCAGGGUAUCCUGAUUAUAAGAUUUGAGAUGCCUUAUAAUAUAUGGUGUGGAGGAUGCAAUUCAAUGAUUGCAAAGGGUGUUCGGUUCAAUGCAGAGAAAAAGCAAGUUGGGAAUUAUUACUCCACAAAGAUAUGGAGCUUCUCUAUGAAGUCUGCUUGCUGCAAACAUGAGAUCGUCAUUCAGACUGAUCCUAAGAAUUGUGAAUAUGUCAUUAUUAGUGGGGCCCAGAAAAAAACUGAAGAUUAUGAUAUUGAAGAUGCUGAAACUUUUGAAUUGCCUGCCGAUGAAGAAAGGGGUAAGCUUGCAGAUCCAUUUUACCGCCUUGAACACCAGGAAGAAGACUUGAAGAAAAAGAAGGAAUCUGAACCAGUGCUUGUACGUCUCCAGAGGCAGUCUGAUAACAGGCAUUCAGAUGACUAUGCUCUCAAUAAGACUCUACGGGCCCGGCUUAGAAGUCAGAAGAAAAGAGUUGCUGAAGAAGAGAAUGCAUCCAAGAAAAUAGGCCUUGGCAUAAGACUACUACCAGCUACUGAAGAAGAUUCUGCCACAGCAAAAAGAGUGAAGUUUCCAACAAAGUUUGAAAAGAAUAGGAAGGACAAGAGGGCAGUGAUCAAUGCCGAAUCCAUUUUCUCUGGAGUGUCUAGCUAUUCUAUGUCUGAUAAGAGAAAACAAGAGCUAGAAUCAAAAAGAAGAAAAAUUUGUGCAACUUCAGCCUCCAGUCUUCUAGCUGGUGGCUUUAAGCCAUCAUCAUGGUCACAUGCUGCUAUGAUAUCAGGCAAGAAAAAGGGAGCUUCAAUGACAGUAAGGCGCUAGAAAGCUAAAACACGUAUGUGACAUUGGACUUGGCAAUGGUCAUUUGUACAUAGCAGUUACAUGUGUUAAUUUUGAACUAUGUUUUCCGUUGUAAACCAUUUAUGAAUAUGUUAACGGAAACAUAUUUUUCAUCA